GAGCGAAUUGUCUUACUAUGGUGAAACGAAAGAUUUUUUUUUAAACCAUUUUUCUAUCGCAAUUUUUUUUUUCUUUGUUUCGUAACCUAUUCAGGUAUUACGAUUUGAUUUGAGGCAAUGUCGUUGAAGUGCGUUAACUCAGCGCGCUCGCCUUGGACACACCCUUCACUACCAUGGUGACAUCAGCUCUUAGACAGAAGCUUCAUGCCAAGAAGCCAGGGCUAUUUAAUUUAUUAAUCUAUGCAGCUGUGCCUAGAGACUGGAAUCUGUUGCUUUUCUUAUGAAGCACGAGGUGUCCGAUAUAGAUACUCAACAGAGCACGCCAAUACAUACUGACUACGGGGAGCCGCUGAGAAGAGUUUUUUUUUUCUUCACAAAAUGAAGUUUUCAGGACUUUGGACAGUUCUCUGUCUACUUCUGGUAGACACAGAGCGAGGCUGCUUGGGUAGCUGCAAUCCAGUGAGGAGAAUGGGAAACCCCACCGGACGCUUUGCCAAUGCCACUUUGGUUCGCCUUGCUGAGUAUUUGAGUGCUGGGUACAAGAAAGGUGUGCGUCCCGUACGAGACUGGCGACAAUCAACCAUGGUGGCCAUCGAUCUUAUGGUGUAUUCCAUUCUGAAUGUGGAUGAGAAGAACCAGGUUCUGACUACAUAUGUGUGGUACAGGCAGCAAUGGGUUGAUGAAUUCCUUGUCUGGAACCCUGAAGACUUUGAUGAUGUCAAGCAAGUGUCCAUCCCUACCGCCAACAUCUGGGUGCCAGAUAUACUCAUCAAUGAAUUCGUGGAUGUGGGGAAGUCCCCGGACAUUCCCUAUGUGUACGUGGGGAACAGGGGGCUGGUGCGGAACUACAAGCCCAUCCAGGUGGUGACGGCCUGCAGCCUGAACAUCUACAACUUCCCCUUCGACGUCCAGAACUGCAGCCUCACCUUCCAGAGUUGGCUGCACACCAUUAAUGACAUUAACAUCUCCCUAAUGAGAACACCAGAGGAUGUGCGGGUGGACAAGAACGUCUUCAUGAACCAGGGAGAGUGGGAGCUGUUGCACGUCCUGACAAAGUACAAGUCCUUCAGCGUCGACGGGAACGACCACUACGCGGAAAUGAAGUUCCACGUUGUGAUUCGACGGAGACCUUUGUUCUACACAGUCAACCUCCUCCUGCCCAGCAUAUUCCUCAUGGUGAUGGACAUAGUGGGUUUCUACCUACCCCCGGACAGUGGAGAGAGGGUCUCCUUUAAGAUCACUCUGCUCCUGGGCUACUCGGUCUUCCUCAUCAUCGUGUCCGACACACUGCCAGCCACCGCCAUCGGCACCCCGCUCAUCGGUGUCUACUUCGUGGUGUGCAUGGCCCUGCUGGUGAUCAGCUUGACGGAGACGGUGCUGAUCGUCCGCCUGGUUCACAAGCAGGACCUCCAGCCGCGGGUCCCGGAGUGGGUCAAAUACCUGGUUCUGGAGAGGGCCACGGCCUUCCUCUGCAUCCGGAGCCGGCGCCAGUUCUGUCCCGUCCUGUCCCGAGGACCUGACCUGCCCCACUUUAGGGAGAACAACAUGAAUAUGGUCAGAUGCAAUCACCGCAGCUGUGAAAGCACAAAGGACACGGAGAGGGGGCUGGGCAUGGGCCUCUCCGCCCGGGACGGCGUCCCCGUCCUGGACAGCAUCCUGCGGGAGAUCUCCUCCAUCCGCCAGUUCCUGGACAGGCGGGACGAGUGCCGGGCCAUCGCCAGGGAGUGGCUGCAGGUGGGCUAUGUCCUGGACGUGCUGCUGUUCCGCGUCUACCUGGUGGCCGUGCUGGCGUACAGCAUCACCCUGGGGACCCUGUGGUCCGUGUGGCAGAACUCCUGAUAGGCUGACACCUGCCCCC